CAUUGCGACAAUACAUUCAUAUAACUCCCUUAAACAAGCAAUGGAAAUGGCAACUGUUAUUGGUAUAAAGGGGCGUGACUGUGUCAUACUCGCUGCCGAUGCAAUGCCGUUCGUUAUACAGGAUACACCCUUUGUAGGUCCCUCCAAUAUACAACUCCUUUCAAAGUAUUGCAUGAUGGGCGUGAUUGGCAACAAGAGCGACACUCUGCAGUUUUCAAAAUUUAUAGCAAGCCAUAUCAAAUGUUAUGAUAUUCAAAAUGGUUAUCCCCUGAAUACACCAGCGAUUGUUCACUUCUCUUGCAACAACGUUGUUGCCAAUCUACGCAACAGAGUCAAACAUCAGGUUGCACUGUUGUUGGGCGGCUACGAUAAUGACACAGGAUCACUUCUGAGUUCCAUUGAUGCCCAGGGCUCUUCACAAACCCUCAACUAUGCCGUCUAUGGAAUGGGCUAUUCUGUAUGUAACAGAAUCUUGCAGAAGACUUGGAAGCCAGAUCUGCCCUUUGAUGAAGCUCACGAAAUAAUUCGUAUGUGUAUCAAAGAGAUUCAAAAGUCUUUGAUCAUCAAUCAAAACUGCUUUCACAUCUUUGUUGUUGAUAAAGAUGGUGUCCGUAAGCUGAGACCUCUCUGCAACAGUAUAAGUGAAACACUAUAGCAAAGAGCAUUUUUCAUAGAAAUCAUUGAGCAAUUGUAAAAGAAAUUGUAUCGAUUAAGUAAUUAGAGAGAAUAGUUGGAUUUAGUAUUAUGCAUACUAUAGACAAUUCAAAUGUGAAAGUUAGUAAAUGUUGCAGAAGGACUGCACUUGCCUUACGACACCAUAUGGCUCAAAUUUCACAAUUAAAUAAAAAGACAUUUUGUCUGUGAUUGGAUGGCUGCAAUUAAAUAACCCUUUGAUGUCGA